AUGGCCCAGCGGGCGCCGAGGGGGCAGGGGCAGGACGAGGAGGACGGAGCGGAAAAGGAGGAGGAGGCGGCGAGGGGCAGCCAGACGCGGGCCAGGAGCCAUCCGGAGCCCGCGGCGAGCGGCGGCAGGGCCUUGGACCGGCAUGAGAGGAAGCGGAAGAGACAGGAGGAGCAGCAGCUUCAGAAGAUCCAACACCUGGAGUCUUUCUAUGAGAAACCUCCCCCUGGGCUAAUUAAGGAGAAUGAAACAAAACCAGAAGAUUGCAUACCUGAUGUACCAGGCAAUGAAAGCGCACGAGAAUUCCUGGCACAUGCCCCAACAAAAGGGCUUUGGAUGCCUUUGGGAAAAGAAGUCAAAGUUAUGCAGUGUUGGAGAUGUAAACGUUAUGGACACAGAACGGGAGAUAAGGAAUGCCCAUUCUUUAUUAAAGGCAAUCAGAAAUUGGAACAAUUUAGAGUAGCACAUGAAGAUCCAAUGUAUGAUAUAAUAAGGGAAAAUAAGCGUCAUGAAAAAGAAAAGAGGAUACAGCAACUGAAGCAGCUCCUAGAGGACUCUACCUCAGAAUCUGGUAGUAGUGAUGAGGAUGAUGAAGAUGGCAGCAGCUGCACUUCCUCAGAACAUAAACACAAGAAGAAAAAGAGAAAAAAGGAAAAGAAAAAAAAAGAAAAGAAGAAGAAGAAAAAGAGGAAGCAUAAAUCAUCCAAAUCGAAUGACAAGUCAGAAUCUGACUGACAGCAGGCACCUGCUGCAUGCUCAUUGACCUCUCUACUUGUGAACUGCAAGGAAAGAUCCAAAGAAUUAUGAGGAAAACACCAGAAAGGGCUUUAUUAAACUUGGAACAUACACGUGUAUGCAUACAGCAUCCUAUGCAGGCAUCCUCUUCUGCCCCUCUGCAGUCAGAAAGAAGAAAGCCGCAUUAAACCAUAUCUUUUUGCUGUAAAACCCAUGCUGAGAGUUGUCAGCCAGCUUGGUCAGAUGGGGCUUCUGCAUUGCUGCCCAUGACCAGCAGCAGAAAGUGGCAACCACCGAGGGAUCGCCGACAAACCUGCAGCAUUAGCAGACUGUCUGUUGAAGUGUCUUUACUCCAUGAAGUUAUUUUAUUAUAUACAAAGUCUCAUUGUAACAGGACUGCAGUUUGCACCAUGCAGAGCACUGAGAGUUCUCUUACAGUGCUUAUAAUGAGCAGGUUGUAUUGUAUUUUCUUCUCUGCAUACAUGCUGAAGUUCUGUGUACAUAUCCUAAUAUUGGCAGCUAAUGAAAUAAAGAGUACUGCUGCUGGGGAAAAAUGGUAAUCAAGGGGAUUUACUUUAGGACAAAAUUGCAGCAUCAGCAAGACUUGAUUUUUUGUGUGUGUGUAACAAAAUCUCAACAUCACCACCAUUAAUACACAGUUCUGAAACACCUAAAGUGAAACAUCUACAGUGUCUAAAUCAUAGAAGUGGGAGCCAAGUGUAAUGAUGUUAGAUAUUCAACUCAACUGUAAAGAGUGGGUUUAGUUAUUUUAAAAGGGGGGUUUCACAUAAGAAAUUAAAAAUAUUAAUUUCUGCAUAUUCCUCAGUAUCAGUUGUUUUGAUACAAGUUGUGGGAGGUUUCCUUUUUAAAAGACUUGGGGUUAAUAAAUUCCCACUUUUUAUGUUUACUCAA